GAAACUCGACGUUCCAAAACCUGGAGCCUGACACAGUUUACGAGAUCCGCACGUCAACAACCACAUGCGAUAUGACGCAGUCAAUAAGCACUGGCAAAGUUCGGACAACGGGCAAGGUGUUGGAGGCACAAACAAGAAUUACAAAUGAGCCUUUCAUCGAGGACUACAGAAACUCAAGUAGUGCAAAAUACAAAGAAUUAAGCAUGAAACUUAUAAAUGAGAUCGAGAAAGGACUGAGCAAUUUGGUUCGGAGUUUGCUUAGUGCAAAAAGUGUGUACAUCAGGAUUAGUUCUAUAACUGAAGGAAGUGUGGUGGUGCAUUUUAGCAUUGUGGCAAAUGAAGAUGUAAAUGUCACUGACAGCGAAAUUAAGGAAACAUUCAUAGAUGCAUUAAACAAGAGUACAGUGUUAGAUUUCGACUUGACAAACACCAGCAUAUCAGAAAGAGACAGCUGCACAACGGGGACCAAUGACUGCUCAGGUAACGCAACAUGUAUAAGACAGAAUUCAACCUACACCUGCAAGUGCAAGGCUGGAUUUAAUGACACAAGCCCCAACUUCCCGGGAAGAAUCUGUGAAGAGGGCAGUACAUCUGUGUCAAGUACCAGUACAUCAGCAUCAGCCUCAGUAGCAGCCAAUACUUCUCCAUCAACUGAUACAACAUCUAAUUCAGUAUCUACAGUACUCUCAACUUUCAACGAAACAGUGACAUCAACAGAGAGUGUUUCAUCAGCAUCAUCUACAGCAAAUGAAGUUACAUCUACUGGAUCAACAUCUCACUCAGUAUCUCCAACAUCUUCAGAAACAGCCACAACUGUUUUUUCAUCUACUGCCCUGAUCCCAGAGAGAAGUACAUCUGUGGAAAGUACCACCACAUUAGCAUCUUCUGCAGAGACAUCAACACAGAAUGCUCACUCAUCACCAUCUACAGCAAAUGAGAAUAUAUUGACUGGGUCAACAACCAACUCAAUAUCUUCAGCACUCUCAACCACCAGCCAAACAGUAACAUCAACAGUGACUGAUUCUUCAUCACCAGCUACAACAAAUCAAGAGGGCAGUGCAUCUGUGGGAAGUACCAGUCCAUCAGCAUCAGUCACAGUAGCAGCCAAUACUUCUCCAUCAACUGAUACAACAUCUAACUUGGUAUCUGCAGCACUCUCAACUUUCGGCGAAACAGUGACAUCAACAGAGAGUGUUUCAUCAGCAUCAUCUACAGCAAAUGAAGUUACAUCUACUGGAUCAACAUCUCACUCAGUAUCUCCAACAUCUUCAGAAACAGCCACAACUGUUUUUUCAUCUACUUCCCUGACCCCAGAGAGAAGUACAUCUGUGGAAAGUACCACCACAUUAGCAUCUUCUGCAGAGACAUCAACACAGAAUGCUCCCUCAUCACCAUCUACAGCAAAUGAGAAUAUAUUGACUGGGUCAACAACCAACUCAAUAUCUUCAGCACUCUCAACCACCAGCCAACCAGUAACAUCAACAGUGACUGAUUCUUCAUCGCCAUCUACAACAAAUCAAGGCAGCACUGGUUUAACAACAACUGUGGAAUCAACAAGUACCUCCAAUGGAAAUCCUACUGGUACUGACACGUCCACUGGGAGCAGCUCCACCUCAACCAAAAAUUCAGGCCCCACCACAACAAAUCCUACUGUCGUUACCAGCACCACUCUCAACAUCGCUCCACAUGGCACCAUCACAACCACAACCCCCACAACCACAACGACCCCCACCACCACAACCGCCGUCAUCCCAACUCCCACCACCACAACCACAACCCCCACAACCACAACGACCCCCACCACCACAACCGCCAAACCCUUAGUUUGA